AAUAACAAUCCUCUUCUUCUCCUUCAUCAUACACACUGUCAUGUGGCCUGACCGCCAUUAACACACUCUUUCUCUCCUUCCUCCCUCCCUCCCUCUGCCCCACCCAGCCGCAGCAGCCAGCCAUUGCCGUCCAUGGCCGAUCCGUACGGCGACGGCAGGGCGCUCAAGCAGCAGCAGCAGCAGCAGCAGCGCCCCAAGCUCAAGCCCGCCCUGGAGAUGGAGGACUUCAUCAACCUCCUCCACGGCUCCGAUCCCGUCCGCGUCGAGCUCACCCGCCUCGAGAACGACCUCCAUUACAAGGAGAAGGAGCUGGGGGACGCCCAGGCGGAGAUCAGGGCCCUGCGCCUCUCCGAGCGAGCGCGCGAGAAGGCCGUCGAGGAUCUUACGGAAGAAUUGGCAAAGGUGGAUGGGAAGCUGAAGCUUACAGAGUCUCUCCUGGAAAGCAAAAACCUUGAAGCAAAGAAAAUCAACGAUGAAAAGAAAGCAGCACUUGCUGCCCAGUUUGCAGCAGAGGCUACGCUACGAAGGGUUCAUGCAGCGCAGAGGGAUGACGACAUGCCUCCUAUCGAAGCCAUUCUCGCGCCACUGGAAGCUGAUCUGAAACUAGCCCGUCAAGAGAUCGCAAAACUGCAAGAUGACAAUAGGGCAUUAGACCGUCUUACAAAGUCUAAGGAAGCAGCCCUACUGGAAGCAGAAAGGACAGUUCAGAUAGCAUUAGCAAAAGCUUCACUGGUGGAUGAUUUGCAAAACAAAAACCAAGAAUUGGUGAAACAGAUUGAGAUAUGUCAGGAAGAGAACAAAAUCUUGGACAGAAUGCACCGCCAAAAAGUUGCUGAGGUUGAAAAGCUUACUCAGACUGUCAGAGAGCUAGAAGAAGCUGUUCUUGCUGGUGGUGCAGCCGCAAAUGCUGUGAGAGACUAUCAGCGGAAAGUUCAGGAGAUGAAUGAGGAAAUGAAAACUCUGGAUCGUGAGCUAGCCCGUGCAAAGGUUUCAGCAAAUAGGGUUGCAGUAGUGGUGGCAAAUGAGUGGAAAGACGGCAAUGAUAAAGUAAUGCCUGUUAAACAAUGGCUUGAAGAACGGAGGAUUCUGCAAGGAGAAAUGCAGCAACUCCGUGAUAGACUUGCGAUAGCAGAAAGGGCUGCAAGAUCAGAAGCUCAACUGAAAGACAAGUUCCAGCUGCGGCUUAAAGUACUUGAGGAAGGAUUGAGAAUGCCGACAUCCCGAACGAAUGCAAGCGCUGCACGCCGCCAGUCUAUUGGUGGUGCUGAGAGCGUGUCUAAGACCAAUGGCUUUCUAUCAAAGCGGCCAUCGUUCCAGAUGAGAUCACCAGUAUCUACCACAACAACUACUCUAGUGAACCAUGCAAAGGGGGCAUCAAAGUCUUUUGAUGGAGGCUGUAGAUCACUUGACCGUUAUAAGGGUCAUGUAAAUGGGAUUGGCAUGAACGUAUCUACCGACUCGAGCGAGGAUAAGGAGUCAAACAACUCAGAUGAGAAGCCUAGUGAAUUUACAUCUGUCGAGUCGGAGGAUACAGUGUCAGGCAUGCUGUACGAUAUGCUGCAAAAGGAGGUCGUUGCUCUAAGGAAGGCAUGCCACGAAAAGGAUCAAAGCCUUAAGGACAAGGACGAUGCAGUUGAGAUGCUGGCGAAGAAAGUCGAUACUUUAACAAAGGCGAUGGAAUCAGAGGCUAAGAAGAUGAGGCGGGAGGUAGCUGCCAUGGAAAAGGAGGUGGUGGCUAUGCGAUUAGAGAAAGAUCAGGAUACGAAAGCGAGAAGGUUCGGCAGUUCAAGUGGUUCUGCCAACAGUUCAUCGCUUCCGCCUGGAAGGACUCUGCCUCGUAGCGGUUCAGCACGCAAUAUGUGAUGAUGCGUGAGAAGGAAGCCGUAAGGGGCCAUACGAUGGAGCAUUCGAAAAGUAUGGAGCAUCCUCGUCUAGUCUAGUUUGAAUCCGAGGACCCUCUACUGAUUGAUUUGCUUCCUGGAGAAAAGAAGAUGGCGUUUCGACUUGAUAAUAGAAGUGGUGAGCCUGAGCCUGAGCCUGAUCCUGCCUACUACUUCUCGUGGUCGCAGGGAAUCGAUCGGUGACUCCCACGAAGCUAGCGGAUUUUUCUAAUGAGAUUUGGUUGUGUUGUUGUAUUUAUGUUUCUCUUAUAUUGUGAAAUCGGAACCCCGUUGCUGUAUAGGUUUGGUGUGUGCCCUUGCAAUGUUGUUUUGUAAUCUACUCGAGAGGUUUUCCAGCGUUUUCUGCUGGCCAAGAUGUUGUGAAUGACACGAUGACCAUAGCAUAAUUGCUGAUGAGGAAGUAAUUAA